CGGCGCGCCCCUCCCGUCUCCCCCCAAAAAAGUUUGAGUCGCAGCUGCCUGGUUGCCAGCGGAGUCGCGCGCCGGGAGCUACGUAGGGCAGAGAAGUCAUGGCUUCUCCGUCCAAAGGCAAUGACCUGUUUUCGUCUGAUGAGGAGGGCCCGGCGAUGGUGGCCGAGCCGGGCCCGGGGCCUGGGGGUGCCGACGGGGCCGCGGAGGAGCGCCGCGUCAAGGUCUCCAGCCUGCCCUUCAGCGUGGAGGCGCUCAUGUCGGACAAGAAGCCGCCCAAGGAGACUUCCCCACUGCCAGCCGAAAGCGCCUCCGCCGGGGCCACCCUGCGGCCACUUCUGCUGCCCGGACACAGCGUCCGGGAGGCGCACAGCCCCGGGCCGUUGGUUAAGCCCUUCGAGACAGCCUCGGUCAAGUCGGAAAAUUCAGAAGACGGAGCGGCGUGGAUGCAGGAACCGGGCAGAUAUUCGCCGCCGCCAAGACACAUGAGCCCCACCACCUGCACCCUGAGGAAACACAAGACCAAUCGGAAGCCACGCACACCCUUCACCACCUCCCAGCUCCUCGCUCUGGAGCGCAAGUUCCGCCAGAAACAGUACCUCUCCAUUGCAGAGCGGGCAGAGUUCUCCAGCUCUCUGAACCUCACAGAGACACAGGUCAAAAUCUGGUUCCAGAACCGAAGAGCCAAGGCGAAAAGACUGCAAGAGGCUGAACUGGAAAAGCUGAAAAUGGCUGCAAAACCUAUGCUGCCCUCUGGCUUCAGCCUCCCUUUCCCCAUCAACUCGCCCCUGCAAGCAGCCUCCCUAUACGGCGCGUCCUACCCUUUCCAUAGACCUGUGCUCCCCAUCCCGCCCGUCGGACUCUAUGCGACUCCAGUGGGAUAUGGCAUGUACCACCUGUCCUAAGGAAGACCAGCUCAAUAGACUCUGGGAUGGAUGUUUGUUUAAAAGCCUUCUCCCUCCCUCUCCAAGAAGACAGUCCCGCUCUGCAAACCUUGCAUGCACCACCCUCAGCGGCUAGAUCGACAGGGCCACAGACAUAGUUGAAAUUGGUUCCUUUGACUGGAGACACCCAAGCCCCGUUUUCUUGGUGUAAUCUUCCAAAUGCCACUCCCCCUUCUCCUUUCACAAGAUUGGCUCUGAUGGUUUUUAUAUAUAAAUAUAUAUAUAAUAAAAUAUAAUACAUUUUUAUACAGCA